AUGCCUCCAGAAGAAGAGAAAAUCACUCUACUGCUUGUUGGUAUGACUCAAAGUGGCAAGAGCUCAGUGGGAAACCGGAUCUUAGGGGAAGAUUUUUUUAGAUGUGGAGUAGAAACUUUGCAUUGUGUAAAAGGAACUCGUGUCCUAGACACUGGAGAUGAAUUGGCAAUAAUUGAUACUCCAGGUCUGUUUCACAACAGAUUAACACCUCGUGAAAUGAAGAGAGAGUUGGUCAGAUGUGUCUCCCUCUGUGCUCCUGGUCCUCAUGUGUUCCUGAUUGUGAUCAACCCAGAUCAGUGCAGACCACCAGAGGAACACAUUGUGAGAAUCAUCCAGACUCUGUCUGGAGGUGGAGCAGCCAAACACACUAUGGUCUUGUUCACUCAUGGGAACAUAGAAAACAUCAGGAGAGAGCAAGUUCUCCUUAACCUCAUUCAAGAUUGUGGAGCAGGUUACUACAUUUUGAAUAAUAAUGUUAAUGGUCUUAUAACCAGGUUUCAAGAAAUUAAAAACAACAGAGGCUACUAUAGUAAUUCCAUGUUUCAGCUCGCAGAACGAGCAAUAAAUGCCGAAAUGAGAGGAACAAACCCUGAUCAGAGGGCUGAGGAUGAGCGGCGCCAGGGGGAGACAAAUAACACCUACAUUCGGGCUGUUGAUGCAGUGGCUGAUCUUGAUGAGGAGGAAGGUACUGCCCUCAUAGCUGAGGUCGGACCUUUACUGGCAAGAGCUGAAAUAGGACGGCGGCAAGGGUGCAUUACACAGUAAUAACAAAUUACUCAGCAGGGGAAACCUUGAAAAGAAAUCUGUGUGUGAACUUAAUUUACUGAAAAUGUUAUUUCAUAUUG